AUGGUAGCAAAAGGGGCUCAUCUGCCAUGGAGUCGCCGUCUCUCUGAAACUGUUCAGUCGGUUCUGAAAAACCCUCAUGUUGAUUUGGAGAUCAAAAGAUCAUUGGAGUCCGUCUGUCGUACGGCUGAAAUGGGUCAGAUGCUAAUGUCUUACUCAACCCCCUUAGGCAUGCUGGAUGCUGUUCUAGCGUCUGAGUAUAACUUCAUCAAGUUCAUUCGAUUCAUGUUCACUCAUGACAGAUACGGAGUUGCACAAAGACUUCUGGAUGCUGUCAAGAUGGUGGGAACCUACUGUCUGCUCUAUGAAGAGCACACUCCUUUAGUUUCGCUUUCGCGUGUCUACGUCUUGUAUGCCGAAUAUCUUCAGAAAGCUGAAACGGAUCCCACAGUAUUACAAUUUUUGGAAGAAGUUCGCACAGAAAAGGGUGAACAGUUUCUUAUCGAGGUGGCUUCGCGAUUGGUUGACGAUUGGAAACGUCAAGUUGAUAGUGCUGUUGGAUUAUGGACCGAGACAUCCAAAACUAAGCGCAUCAAACUUCUGACGGCUACAAAAAGUGUGAUUUUACGAUUCAUGAGUAAUGACAGGCAUUAUAUGGAGGUGUACGAAAAUCUAUGCUCCAUUCAGAAGCUGCAGGAGAACUACAACAUGUAUGUCAUCACGCCUCAAUUAGAAAGCAAGGAGUGGAGAGAUGCUUCGUUGAAAGAAUUCAUCGUUCGUGAUGAACGGUCUCUGCUUGAGGUUAUCUCGUUUUCCAGCCUUCUUCGUAUGACGCGUGAUGAAGCCAGCCGAUUAUCUAUCAAACUUGCUGUAGAUUCUGGGAAUCCACUGGGCACACUUACAAUUGUUAGAUUAUCGCUCUUUAACCUCCAUGGUUACUUUUCUGCGCUAAUAAUUCUACAUAGCUCAUAA